AUUACUAGUUAAUCCAAGAUGGCGAUGAACAAAGCACGUGCUAAUGUUCGACUUCCGCCAGAAGUCAACAGAGUUCUCUAUGUCAGGAAUUUACCGUACAAGAUCACAGCUGAGGAGAUGUACGACAUAUUUGGUAAAUACGGAGCUAUCAGACAAAUUAGGGUUGGAAACACGACGGAGACGCGAGGAACUGCGUUUGUUAUUUACGAAGAUAUUUUUGACGCAAAGAAUGCGUGUGAUCAUCUGUCUGGGUUCAACGUUUGUAACAGAUAUCUAGUAGUGCUGUACUACCAGGCUAAUAAAGCUUUUGAGAAGUUGAAUACGGCCAAGAAGGAAGACGAUCUCCAGAAAAUGAAGGAAAAAUACGACCUCAAAACCCCUGGCAGGGUUUAGGGACCGAAAAACUCAGACCAAAACGUUACAAAAUUGUGUAAACAACUUAAAUUUGUUUCCUUCGAUAAUUGCGCAUUUUUGCUCAAAUACAGAAAACAAUUUUUUUCAAUACAAACAAACAAUUAAAUAAGAUAAAUCAUCAAAAAAGUCUGCGCAUUAAAUAUUAUUGCAUUUCUGUUUAUUAUAAAGUUGUGUUUUUGUACGAUUGAAUGAUUGUAUCUCUUAAUUUCAGA